GGCUUUCGUCAAGUUCCUAAUAUAAUUAGGAGGAACCAGAGGCUGGUGUUGAGUUAUAGGUCACUGACAAGUGGUUGCAGCAUGGACCUCGUUCAGCAUCUGUUUAUCUUGGUACUCGCAUCUCGGUGGAAAAGUGCACUCGCCCAAACCAGAACUGAGUUUGUGAAGGCGUUGCUGAUGGACUAUGACAACAAAAUCAUCCCGACAUUUGACAGAGCUACGCCAACUGAAGUGGACGUUUCAAUCUUCAUAAACAGUAUAGACUCCAUCAGCGAACAGACGAUGGACUUCUCGCUGAACGCAUUUGUGACGCAGGAAUGGGUGGAUCGCCGUCUGCGAUUUCUGGGCCUGAUCGACGCCGAGUACCUGGAACUGGACACGAAGCUCAUGGAUGACAUAUGGGUCCCUGACCUUUUCUUCCUCAACGAGAAGAGCGCUUCCUUCCACACCGUGACCGUACCCAACAAAAUGCUCCACAUAUACAGCAAUGGGAAAAUCAUUUAUCGGCUCAGAAUUUCCUUGACUGCCUCGUGUCCAAUGGUAUUACAUAAAUACCCUAUGGAUAGCCAAGUAUGUCACCUCUUUAUUCAGAGUUUUUCGUUCACCAAGAAAAGUAUAAUGUUCAGAUGGGCUGAUGAUGAAGAACCCAUCAAGAUGCCAAAACAUCUUGAACUUCCACAGUUUAUGCUGACGGGCAUUGAAUUUCGUAACUGCACGGAAUUGGAAGCUAGUGAAAAUUUCACUUGCAUUGCGGCAGACUUCUACCUACAGAGAAACAUCGGUUUCUACAUGAUACAGAUUUACAUUCCCAGUGUCCUCAUCGUCCUGCUGUCCUGGGUUUCGUUCUGGCUCAACGUGGACGCUGUUCCGGCCCGGAUUUCACUUGGUAUCCUCACUGUCCUCACCAUGACAACACAAAAAUCCAUGGCCGUUUCGUCACUUCCGAGAGUAUCCUACGUCAAGGCUAUAGACGUUUGGAUGGCCGCCUGUUUGUCUUUUGUAUUUUGCGCGCUGCUGGAGUUCGCUUUAGUCAAUGUCCUCGACCGGAGGCAAGUUAGGAGAAAGGAGACCAAGGUGGACAAGACGAGUGAAGAUGAAAAAUCUCCUCUUAGGGCUUCGAACAAUGAAGUGCAGUCUAAAUGGGUCAGUGACCCUAAGGGUAAAAUGCGCGCCAGACGAGUGGACCUUUUUUCCCGGGCUUUUUUCCCAGCAAUAUUUCUGAUGUUCGGUGGUGUGUAUUGGAUCUUCUACCUGGUGUAGUGCCCAAAUGUACAGCUCUGAGGACAAUAAAUUAAAAAAAAUUAAAUGUACAUUGCGCUUCAGAAACAAACUGUAGUUUUUCAUUACCCAAAUAUAUCUAGAAUUUAUAAAUAUCAUUAAUUAGUAAUAUGCACAGAAGCCAAUGAUCUUAGCAUGUGUUUAGGUCGUGUAUUGGAUCGUCUACCUAGUGUAGUGUCCAAAUGUACACCUUGCUUCAGAAACAAACUGUUGGUUUUCAUUACUCAAAUAUAUCUAGAAUUUAUAAUUAUUACUAAAUAGUCAUAUGCACAGGAACCAAUGAACUCAGCAUAUAGUGUUCAAAUGUACAUCUUGCUUCAGAAACAAACUGUUGGUUUUCAUUACCCAAAUGUAUCUAGAAUUUAUAACUAUUACUAAAUAGCCAUAUGCACAGGAACCAAUGAACUCAACAUGUGUUCAGACUGUGGUGUAAAAUAUUUAAACAGAGAGUGUUAUUUGGACAUACCAGAGUGUAUGAGCAAUGUGCAGUGUUUGAACAGACUACAAUGUAAAUAGACGAUAGUGUAUGAACAAUGUGCAGUGUUUCAGACUACAGUGUAAAUAGACUAUAGUGUAUGAACAGUGUGCAGUGUUUGAACAGACUACAGUGUAAAUAGACUAUAGUGUAUGAACAAUGUGCAGUGUUUGAACAGACUACAGUGUAAAUAGACUAUAGUGUAUGAACAGUGUGCAGUGUUUGACCAUGACUCCAGUGUAAAUAUUGUUUGAACAGUCUACAGUAUUUGAACAGACUAUAGUGUAUGAACAGUGUGCAGUGUUUAAACAGACUACAGUGUAAAUAGAUUAUAUUGUUUGAACAGUCUACAGUAUUUGAACAGACUACAGUGUAAAUAGACUAUAGUGUAUGAACAGUGUGCAGUGUUUGAACAGACUACAGUAUAAAUAUACUAUAUUGUUUGAACAAUCUACAGUAUUUGAACAGACUACAGAGUAAAUAGACUAUAGCACUUAUUUGAACAGUCUACAUCAUUUGAACAGACUAGUGUACAUAUACUGUUGUGUUUGAAGAGUAUACAGUAUUUGAACAGACUACAGUGUCUACACAUACUACUAUGUUUAAAUAGAGUAUUGUGUUUAAAUGGACUGUUAUAUAUAGUGUUUAGAGGA